CCAGCGCGUGGCGACUGGAACACUGGUUUAGGAUUAGAACCUGCAGGGCAAUCCUCACUCUCACUUUUCUUCUGCGCCCCUGAACCGCGGGCAAUGCCGCGCAGACACUGAGGCAGCACCGCGCUGGCUGCCGGAAAGCGAGGUGCGCGAGGCACCGGCCAUGAGCAGCUUCCAGCUGGAAGACUUUGCGGCGGGCUGGAUUGGAGGUGCAGCUAGUGUCAUUGUCGGCCACCCUCUGGAUACAGUCAAGACUCGUCUGCAGGCUGGCAUAGGCUAUGGGAGCACACUCAACUGCAUUCGCAUGGUGUACAGGAAGGAGAGUGUGUUCGGCUUCUUCAAGGGCAUGUCCUUCCCCAUGGCCAGCAUUGCAGUCUACAACUCAGUGGUUUUUGGGGUCUUCAGUAACACCCAGAGGUUCCUCAGCCAGCAUCGCUGCAGGGAGCCCGAGGCUGGCCCCAGCCGAAGCCUGUCUGACCUGCUUCUGGCCAGCAUGGUAGCCGGUGUGGUCUCUGUAGGACUGGGCGGGCCUGUGGACCUCAUCAAGAUCCGACUGCAGAUGCAAACACAGCCAUUUCGGGAAGCCAGCCAUGGUUUGAAGUCCAGGGCAGUGGCCCCUGGGGAGCAAGCAGCAUACCAGGGGCCGGUGCACUGCAUUGCAACCAUCGUGCGGACUGAGGGCCUGGCUGGACUGUACCGGGGAGCCAAUGCCAUGCUGCUGAGGGACAUCCCAGGCUAUUGCCUCUACUUUAUUCCAUACGUGUUCCUGUGUGAAUGGAUCACCCCUGAGACCUGCGCCAGCCCCAGCCCCUACGCUGUGUGGCUGGCAGGCGGCAUGGCAGGGGCAAUCUCCUGGGGGACCGCAACUCCAAUGGAUGUCGUGAAAAGUCGACUCCAAGCUGAUGGCGUCUAUUUAAACAAAUACAAAGGAGUUCUGGAUUGCAUCUCCCAAAGUUAUCAGCAGGAAGGCCUCAAAGUCCACACUGUCAGCAACAGUGAAUUUACUACAAAGAAGCAAGGAUCCUAUCACCCAUCACCAGGCUCUGUGGGCUGUGGUCGUACACUGACCUGGGAACCACUUCCUCCAUAAUCAUAAGUUCUCUGGUCCUCACCUCAGGCCAGUGCCACCGAACCAGAGGCCUGGAAGGAAGCAGCUAAUCUUGGAUCGAGCAGUCACCACCUCUUUCAGCUCUGGAUUAGAAAAACCAGGGCAAAGUAGAGUCUGUGCCCAUGGCUGUUGAAAACUCAGUGGAAAUUCACAGAGGAGCUGGAAUCAGCUCUGUGCUUCCAAAUAAAAGCACGGAAAACCCUUUA